AUGACGGAACAAUCAACUUCAACCAUGAGUAUAAAAUUAGAUGCAAAUGAUAUACAAGAUAUACAAGACAAAAUCAAAAAUAACAUUCCCUAUCCAGAGCCAAUCAAGUCAAAAUCCCCAUUCAAGCAACAACCUUUUGAUUUCAGAAAUAAUAAAAUACAAAAAUUAUCAGUCUUUCCAUCCAAAGAGCAAAAGAAUGAAAAUUCAUUGAAGAAAUAUUCAGAUAAAGCAAGUAUCAGAGCUAAAUAUUUCAUAGACAAAUCAUGGGUAUUAGUCAAAGAAUCUUCAACAAUAAUAUUUUAUGAUUUUAUUAAUAUUUUAUAUAACAUUUUAGAGAUUUUAAUAACAAUUAUAAUCUUUAUUUUUUUUACAUUUCGUGGAUUAUAUUAUUUCACGAUUGAGAUUUUAUUUUAUUUUAAAAAUAUUUUAUUUCAUCCAAUCGUGAUUAUUAGUGGUGUUGCAUUAUUAUUUAUUGGUAUUCCAUUUGGAUUGCUUUUUGGUUUGUUACGCCCCGUACUUUUCAAUGAAGAAUGA